UAAACUUGAUCAUCACGUAAUGCUUUCCAUCUUCUCUAUAUAUACGACCAAGAGUUGUUUUCCAAUAAAUAUAAGUUCAAAAAACGCAAACUAAAGAACAAUUAGUCAUAAGGUUCUGACAAAAUGGUGGGUAUGGGGGCGCUGUGGUCUCAAGUUGGCUCAACCCUGGCCAGCUUUAUGUUUAUCUAUGCUAUUGUUAAAGAAUACUUUCCUUAUCAAUUUCGCGGCUAUUUAGAAAUAUAUAGCAACAAAUUGGUGGGCUAUGUGUAUCCUUACAUACAGAUUACCUUCCAUGAACAUACCGGUGAGCGUUUCAAACGCAGUGAAGUCUAUGCUAACAUCCGGACUUACCUCAGCGCCAGUCCCUCGUCCAGUCGAGCCAAGCGACUCAAGGCUCAUGAUAUCAAGGAUAACAAGUCAUUGGUUCUCAGCAUGGACGACAACGAGGCAAUCACGGAGGAAUUCCAUGGCGUUAAGCUUUGGUGGACUUCUUGCAAAUAUGUUUCAAAAGCAGCAUCUUUUUCCUUCUAUCCUGCGUCCGAUGAAAGGAGGUACUACACGCUCACCUUCCACAAACGCCAUCGGGACCUCAUAACCAGCUCCUAUCUCAAUCAUGUAAUAAAGGAGGGAAAAGCCAUUUCUAUAAGGAAUAGGCAGGUCAAGCUUUACACCAACAAUUCCAGUGACAAUUGGUACGGUUACAAGAGGACCAAGUGGAGCCAUAUCGUUUUUGAGCAUCCAGCGUCGUUUAACACCAUCGCGAUGGACCCGAAAAAGAAGGAGGAGAUCAUCAACGACCUUGAUAUGUUCAAACAAGGGAAAAACUACUAUGCCAAAAUCGGAAAGGCAUGGAAGCGUGGUUAUCUACUCUAUGGACCACCUGGAACGGGUAAGUCAAGCAUGAUCGCUGCCAUGGCUAACUAUUUAGAAUAUGAUAUCUAUGAUUUGGAACUCACAUCUGUUAAGAACAAUACCGAUUUGAGGAAGCUGCUGAUCGAUACUCCGAAUAAAUCGAUCAUUGUGAUCGAGGAUAUCGACUGCUCGCUCGAUCUUACUGGUCAAAGGAAGAAGAAGAAGAAAGAGAAAGACGAAGAGGAUGAAGAAAAAGAUCCAAUUCGUAAGAAGGCCGAAGAAGAAGAAGCAACGAAGAGUAAGGUUACUCUCUCUGGACUUUUGAAUGUUAUAGAUGGUAUUUGGUCGGCUUGUGGGGGUGAAAGAGUUUUUGUGUUUACCACUAAUUACGUGGAAAAACUUGACCCUGCACUCAUUAGAAGGGGAAGGAUGGACAAGCACAUAGUGCUCUCCUAUUGCCGCUUUGAAGCGUUCAAAGUGCUUGCAGGGAAUUACUUGGAUAUUGAGUCCCACCAUUUGUUUUCCAAGAUUAAAUGCUUGUUGGAGGAAACUGAUAUGACUCCGGCUGAUGUUGCUGAGAAUUUGAUGCCAAAGUCUCUGAAUGAAGAUGCCGAGAUUUGUUUGAAGAAAUUGAUUGAAGCUCUUGAGGUGGCAAAGGAGGAGGCAAGGAAGAAAGCUGAGGAAGAUGCAAGAUUGAAGGCUGAAGAAGAAGAAGCAAAGUUGAAGGAAAACAUGAAAGAGGAAAAGGAAGAGAAAGAUGUGAAAUGCAAUGGGACACUAGCUGAAGAUGUGAAACAAAAUUGAAGCCAAGGAAAAUGGACUUUAUCAGGAAGUUGAGAAAAUAGUUAGAAAACAAUUUCUCUGGCUUAUGUAUUAACAAUAACUCUAUGUUUAGUGGUGGAUUAGCCAUCAAUUUUUUUUUUUUUUUUUUUUGUUUUUUUUUUUUUUGUUUUUUGGUCUUUUUA